AUGGUAGUAUGGAGGAUCAAAGAAAACCCAAGUCCGCAACACAACAUCGCAGGGAUUCCGGUGGACGGAGUGCCCGCCUUUUUUGCGAACAACCUGGCGAAGCUUGGGGUCUCGCCGAUGACGCCAAGACCAGCAGCCGAUGAGUUCUCGGAGAAGGUCAAGAUGGGUUGGGUCGACGUCCCGCCGCACGAUCCAGAAAAGGCCUCUUGA